AUGGGUUCUAAAAAAUAUUAUGAUGCAAAUUUCAAUGAUAAUGUUUCUUUAAAACAAGAAACAAUUUUAAGUAAUUCUAAAAGAUUAAGGUCUGAUGGAUCAGCUAAGCAAAGUUUUGUAUGGAAAUUCUUUGAUGAAAAAGAUAAUUCCAGUGGACCUGGUAAAAUAAUGGCUUAUAAAAACCUUCUUUCUAACAGCAAACUAUGUACUAUUACAUAUGCAGCUUUAGUUAGUAUAAGCAAUGCAAUACAACAUCUUGCUAAU